AUGGAUGACUUUCACUAUACCACACGAGCGCUCAGCAAUCCUGACAUCCUGCAACGCAUACUAUCCCAUCUCUGGCCUCCUUUCGCGGCCAAGGCAGCUCGCGUGAGCCGACUUUGGUUCGGCCCAGCAACCGACAACUUAUGGGGCCAUGCACCAUUGGACUACCUUUCGAAUGUUGAGGCUGGCCGGCGACAGAUCUACGCGUCAAAGCUGCAGCAGCUGAGCCUCAAUCGCAAUGAGCAUGCUGCCAUGGCAAAAGGUCUACAGUUUCCAAGAAUACAGUCUAUUGACUUUCAUGAGCCCAGGUGCGAUACAGAUGCCGCAACCUACGAGCCUUUCAGGUCUUGUCCGAUAUCUGCAGUCAGCAUGUCUGGCCUCACUGUGCCCGACGCCUUCUUCAGGGUCAUGGCUGUUUGGUGGCCCAAAAUAAGCAAAGUUGAGAUUAUUAGUCUAGUCCCGACAAUUGACAUGACACCAGACGGCUUCCUGAAUUUUGUGUCGUCUCUCGUAUCGCUGGAAUCCCUCAGUGUAUCUGGAGAAGGGGCCGCCAUGCAGGCAGAGGGCUUGUUUCCGCACUGUGCCACGAGGGCCGAACUCACUUCACUUCGACUACCUGUUGGGAUACCCUCGAAAGUUGUAGAGAGUGCCACCUCGCAGAAUACCAACAUGUUCAACUCUCUGAAAGAACUUGAAUUAACCUUGCCCUCCAAGGGGUUCGCGCUGAUGCUAGGCGCAUUGCAGAACCUCACAGCUCUACGAGUCACGCUGACGAGCGUCACGGAUCCCAUUUUAUCCAGCAUCUCAUCUCUGACGGCGUUGACGCAACUCAUGGUUGCUUUACCGCCUCAUUAUGAUAUUCCCAAGAGCGAACUCAUGUCGCUUCGCUCAUUGUCAAAGAUGCGAAAGCUCUGUAUUUGCCACCAUGAACGGCCGGGCCGUGUGCACGAGGUGGAAGAUGUUGAGCUCCUGGAUUUCAUAGACGACGACUUUAAGCAGCUAUUCUCACACUUCCCGGACCUCGAAUCACUCACCUUUAUUUGCGACUGUACUCUGAGCGCAAGAGCUCUGGCGUGUCUGGCCGACCACUGCCCGCAUCUGGAUAGUCUCCUGCUCCCAUCAGAUAUCGACCUCCGGGGCCUACAGCUUGACACGCGGACAACGGCUGCGUUUCCAAGUCUUCAGUGGCUGAGCGUGGAAUCUCUUUCUUUUUCUCAGGCUAUUCAAGACAAGGACAGCCUUGCCAGGCUGUUUGAGAAGCACUUUCCAAUGCUGUCUGACCUCACUGUGAGGAGCAAGGCGAGAGGCUACAGGAAAAUAGCGAGCAGUCUCAAGUCUGUUAUCAUGACGAAUACGAAAAGGGCUGUUGAAAAGAAUGUUGAGUUGGUUAGAGAAAAUGGUUUCAACCUUACACCGCAACAAGUGUUUAGGUGUCUUGGACUCGAUGAUGUCGAUAUUGAUGAAUCGGCGGAAGAGGAUAUUGAAGAUGAAGAGGACGGCUCAGAGGACGACUCAGAGGACGAUUCCGAAGACGAUUCCGAGGAGGAUUCCGAGGAUGAUCCAGAAGACGAUUGGGAAGACGUGUCGGAGGACGAUUCAGGGGACGACCAAGAUGAAGAUGAAAUUGAACAUGAAGGCUGGUCGCCGUGA